AUGGCAGUGGGCGAGGACAACCCGCUGGCGACGGCCGUUGGCGACAGCGGUGUUGUAGCUGAUGAAACGCCGCCGAAAGUGGAGGGCGAGCACGAAGAAGCAACGAAAACCACAGCUGUACACGAAGAAGCAGAGCUUGCAGGGACCCGUCGUCUGUUCCAUCGCGACCCGGUUACCGGGCAGUUGACGGAGAAUAUUGUACUCUCGCCAACACCGACCAAAUCGCCGAACGACCCAUUAAACUGGGCAUCGUGGCGGAAGAUAUGGCACGCCAGCCUGGUACUGUUCAUCACAGGCUUUACGGCGGCCACUUCGAAUGAUGCUGGCGCAGCAGCAGACGCUCUGUUAGGAGAGCUCGGUAUCGCUUACAGUGUCGCCAACACAGCUGCGGGCGUGUUAUUCAUCGGUAUCGGCUACUGGGCGCUGCUAGGAAGUCCAAUGCCAACGCUCUAUGGACGGCGAUUGCAGUACUUUGUAUGCUUGCUCUGGUCCAUCAUCGGUUCGAUUUGGUUCGCUAGAAUCAUGAACGUCCAGGACUCCAUCUGGUGUCAGCUCUUCGUUGGCGCUUCUGAGAGCUGCGCCGAAGCUUUGGCCCAGCAGUCUUUGAGUGACUUGUUCUUCGAGCAUCGACGCGGCCUUGUCCUGGGAUUGUACGUGUUAGCCACUUCCAUCGGCACCUUCCUGGGCCCUCUUGUCGCCGGCUACGUCGCCAUCUGGGACUGGCGAUGGGUCGGAUGGUGCACGGUAAUCAUCUCUGCCGCGACCUUCGUAGUUUUCUUCUUCGGUCUCGAAGAAACGAGCUUCGACCGCAAUGUCUUUCUCGGACAUCGUCACAGUGUUCACCACGAAAAAGAUAUUGCUCCGGCGGAUGAGACCAUUAGGGACGGCAAGAAUGCUCCUUACCGAGAGGAAGCAGGUGACUUAGGUCACAUCGAUAGUGAGACAGGCCAGCCCAUUGAUCAGCAGAAGCCCUACCUGAAGCGCAUCGCCAUCAUCACACCGGCGCCGAACCUCAUCGGCUGGGGGUUCAAGCAGUACAUCCAGCGAUUGGGCCAUAUCCUGCGCGUCUUCACACUGCCUGCCGUUAUUUUUGCAGGGCUGCAAUGGGGAGCCCAAGAUGCUUGGCUAACAUUCUACCUCACGGUCGAAGAGGACAACUACUAUGGCCGUCCAUGGCGCUAUGGCAACGCCGCAGUCAACAUCUUGAACGUUCCUACUUUGAUUGGAUCCGUGAUCGGCUGUAUCUACGGUGGCUGGUUUUCAGAUUUCUUCGUGCAGUGGAUUUCGAAGCGUUACCGCGGUGGGAUGACUGAAGCUGAGGAUCGAUUGUGGCUUCUACUCCUCUCUGCAAUCAUCAGUCCUGCUGGUCUCAUGCUCUUCGGGAUCGGAUCCGGGCAUGGUUGGCAAUGGGAUUCGAAUCCAGGCGCCUACAUCGGCUUGGGCAUGAUAGGGUUCGGAUGGGGUUGCGCCGGCGACUUGAGUAUGGCCUACCUGAUGGAUGCGUAUCCGGAGAUUGUUCUCGAAGGUAUGGUCGGUGUCGCUGUUAUCAACAACACCUUGGCAUGCAUCUUCACCUUCACCACAUCCCUGUGGCUCGAAGCAAGCGGGCUUUCCGGGACGUUCAUCGGCAUUGGAGUUCUGUCGCUCUUCUUCCAGCUUCUGACGGUGCCGAUGAUCUACUGGGGCAAGGCCUGCAGGCGGCGGACCGCGGCGAAGUAUCAGCGCUUUUUAUACGUACGGGAUGGGCGAUAG